CUGAUCGUGUACGUACUUGUCUGAGUCUGCCCUCCAACCGUCUCCACGAGUGUGAAGAAACUGAUCAGGAACUGAGACUACAGAGAAAUCUGAACAGCCACUACCAGGUGUUUUUAGCCUUUACACACCUUGGCAGAAGGAUGAAGCCACGCCCUCACAUGCAGACUGGAUGCACUAGUUUGACUGUGUCAGUGAUCUGGGUCUGGAUUGUGGUCUGUGGGGCUGUGGUAAUACCAGAGAACAUGGAGCAGACGACAGCUGCAGCUGAGAAAUCCGUCCGUCCGUCUCGGAGUCUGAGUCCCGGUGAACAGGAGUACAUCAGCCAGAGGAAACGGAUCGUCCUGGAGUCUCUGAGCAGUCUGGGAAUCAACUGUACUGAAGACUCGGUCCCUCACAUCGCUCUGAUGGGGUCAGGAGGAGGGCAGAGAGCUGCGGUCAGUCUGGUGGGUGCGCUCUAUCAGAUGGAAAAGGACGGCCUGCUGAACUCUGUGCUCUACCUGGGAGGAGUUUCAGGGGCGACGUGGGCCAUGGCAUCUCUGUACAGCGACCCCCAGUGGAGCGUGGGGAUGGACAGAGCCGUGUCCAAGCUGACGGGUCCUGGGGUGGAGCUGGAGGAAGCUCUGGCGUGGCUGAGCAAGCAAGCGGAGGAGGAGAACUUCUCUCUCGCUGAUAUUUGGGGGGUGAUGGUCUCUGCUGGAAUCAUGAAGCAGUUGGACCUGCGGCAUCUUUCUGAGGAGGCCAACAGGAACGCCACCAACCCGUACCCGGUCUACUGCGCCCUGGAGAAAAACUGCUUCUCACACGGACCAACAGAAGGUCAAUGGUUCGAGCUGACUCCUCAUGAGGCCGGCUUCACAGAGCUCGGUGUCUUUGUCCAAACGUCUCUGCUGGGCAGCAAGUUUGAAAACGGAGAGCUGCAGGAGGAGAAGCCUGAGAUGGACAUGGUCAAACUCCAAGGUCUUCUUGGUUCUGCUUUGGCUGAUGAGGAGACAGCUGCAGACUACAUCCCUGCCUGGCUGAAUGUGCCUGGUGUCACAAACUCUGCAGCUGCAGAGUACAAUCGUCUUUACCAAUCCAUUCAGAGACUCAUCGGUCUGACCAGAAACACUGUCAGACACCCAGACUCGCUGGAUGAACUCAACAACCUGCAGAAGCUUCUGGAAGACGCUGAUAAGUCUCACCGUGAAGAGGCCGCUCGGAGCGCUACCAGGAGUUCGGAGGAUCCGACUUUUUUCCAGCAGAUGAGUGAGUCGCUGCUCAGCAAGAUGGAGACGUGGGGCCAGGGUCUGCAGGAAGGACGGUUUAAAGUUCACGUCAUGUUUCUCAUCCAGAAGGUCCUUCCUCUGGUUGUGAAGUGGGAGUGGGGAACCACCAACAACUUCCUCUACCAAUACCAAAACUCCAGCGUUCCACAUUGCCUCCAUCGUAACGAAAGUUUCCACUUGGUGGAUGGCGGUUUCCUGGUUAACGUGCCCUACCCGUCAUUCCUGGGAGACAGGAGAGACAUCGACCUCCUCAUCGCUCCGGAGUACAGCGCCGGGAAAAUGUUUGAGACUCUGACUCUAGCCAGAGAUUAUGCAGCCGAGGUGAACCAGCCUUUCCCAGAGAUCGAUAAUAAAACCAUUGAGGAGGACAGAGACUUUCCAAAGGGCUGCUACGUGUUUGAAGGGAAGGAGAAGGAGCCCACCAUCGUUUUCCUGCCGCUCUUCAACAGAGACAACUGCAAAGAUGCUGCAGAGGUGAAGGCACAGAUGGAGGAGUUCUCCACCUUCCAGCGUGGAUUCAGCCCGGAGAAGAUCGAGUCUCUGUUGGAGAUAGCGAAGGAGAACAUGAGGAACAACAAAGAAACUCUGCUGAGGGAGAUCAACAAGGCCGUUCUCCGCAGAAGAGAGAGGUAGAGAUGAGGAUGAGAGGUUUCUCAGAGAGGAUGAAGACAUGGUUAACAGAAGUCUUCUUUCCUUCUCUCAGCUGUGAAGAGUCUCCCAGUGUUUGGUUUGGUCAGCGUUUUUCUCCUGCUUAUAAGUCAGGAUGUAGUAACCAUGAAUGAAAACAUGAAUGGACGCUCUCAGAGGGACAAACACUCCUGAUAAUAAUAAUGCAUGAUCAUGUCAUUUAAUCAUGGCUGCUGAGUGAACGUGAUGCAUGAGGACAUUCAGUCAAAUAAAGAUCAGUUAAAGCUCC